AGAUGACAAAUCAAUUUCCUUUGGGCUAUUUUGCUGGAAAUCGUUUGGAAACCUAUGAGGAAAUAUCUAGUGAACAGAACGAUAUCGAUAUCUUUAGCAAUCUAUCUUUUCAUUUUACUUGCGAGGGUAUGCCGACCGGUUUUUACGCAGAUGUGGAUUACAGCUGUAAAAUAUUUCACGUUUGUGAAAAUUCCGGCCAGGGAUUUCCAGUGAUUUGCGCUAACAAUACAAUGUUUGAUCAGAAACAACGGAUUUGCACGGAAGAAAAAAAUAUUGAUUGUCAACAUGCUCAUGAAUGGUACUAUUUGAAUGAAUUAAUUUACCCGACAGAAAUCGAAUCAAAAACUGAAAUCAUAGAGGAAAAUGAAUCAAAAGUGAUUCAAGAAGAUGCAAUACCUUCCGUUUUGCCACUUUUAAUUAAUUAA